AUGUUCAUUGAAGAAGGCGUCAACGUUGUUAUCUGCGAGGCCCAUCGCGGUGGUCAAUUCGACGCGACAAAUUUCGUUCAGCGUCCUGCCAUCACUGCCAUCACAAAAAUUAGUAGGGACCAUGUCGAAAAUCUGGGGGGAAAUCUACAGCAUAUUGCAUGGCAUAAAAGUGGAAUCUUUAGAGACCAAGCUCUCGCGCUUUCGGUUCCGCAGGAUCAGGAGGUUGAAGGUGAGAUUGAACGCAGGGCUGCAGAAAUCGGGGCGCCAUUUCAGUUCAUAAGUAAUAAGAAAGCUCUGCUUGAGUUUCUCGAAAACGAUCAGAUUGAGAAUAUACCACCUGAACAGCGAGAAAACUGCGCCCUGGCUGCGAAAAUUGCUCAUGGGUUUCUCCACCAAUCCCUAGACGGGCGAGAGGUUCUGGCCUAA